CCAGGCUUUUCUGCUUUAUCCACUGCCAGACCAGAGACGCAGAAUACGAUCGUCCAAAAACACAACUUCAUAAGGCAAAGCGUGUCUCCCACGGCCAGCAAUAUGUUGACAAUGGAAUGGAAUCCUGAAGCAGCCACAAAUGCACAGAUUUGGGCCGAAAAAAUGCAAGAUGGCCACCAGCUCCACCAGGGACAGAACCGUUGGUGAAACCACCUGUGGUGAAAAUACAUUGGAGUCCAACUACACCACUUCCUGGAACGACACCAUCUUCUUCUGGCAGAAAGAGCAACUCAGUUUCAAGUACGGGCUGGGAGUCAUCAAACCGUACAGUGAGAUUGCCAGCUACACUCAGAUGAUUUGGUACAGUUCUUACGAGAUUGGCUGUGGCGUGGCCUACUGUCCUUCAAGCCUUUACAAGUACUUCUAUGUCUGCCAUUACUGCCCAGCCAAAUGCUUGCAAACGCAGUGACAAGUUCUCAAACUGCGUUGCGCUAAAAGAAAAACUCACCUGCAACUUCCCUGCAGUCAGAGAAAAUUGUAAAGCUUCUUGCCAGUGCUCUUCUGAUAUAAAAUAGAUGAAGUUCUGAGUUUCUGCCUUUUCAACAAGUACUGUCUUGGAGCAAAGGUGGGAUCUGUGCUUUAAAAAGCAAAAUAAAGCAAGUCUUGUAUUGUC